CAGCGCAGUUAGUGCAGUGCAUUUGUGCAAGAGAGAUCUAUCUAGAAACUACGGACUCUGAGGUUUCUCAGCUCAGCACAAUUCAGUUGUUUUUAUAUGAGUUCGAAUUGAUACAGAGUUACACUCGUACUCUUGCUCCUGGGAAGAGUUACACGAAGAUAUCAACAUGCUUCGCUUGCCAUCAUCAAUUUGCAGGCGGGCGCUUAGAGGAGGGACUCUCACCAGCGGAUCCACGCCAGAGUUCUGGGGGAGAGCGAACCCUCAUGGCCCUUGCUUACCUCCGACCUCCGCAUUCCACACUCACUUAAACUUGCACAAUUCUGUUCCGGACUUGCCCGACUUCAAUACAAGUGUAGAUAUCCAUGAACACAAGUUGGCAAGACCUGUUAAGCCGACGCAAAGCACAACAAAUGCACAGUUACAGAAGAAGAAAGAACGCGUGAAAUUGAAAAUGGCCAAAAUGGACUCCCUCAUCCCUGAGACUCUGAGGGAGAUGGAGAAAGACGAAGAAUUCAAGAUCACGGCCCAGAAGCUGAAGGAGAUGGGGCAGGCCAAACUGACGAGGGAAGAGCGAAAGAAGAAGCAAAGGGCGCUAGACCACCUGGGUAUUCCAUCCUUCAGAGAUUUCCUCAAAAGGUUCCAUCAUGAAGAAACGGGAGAGAAAUGCAAUUCCCUCCUGCGGAAGAUCGAGAUCGAGAUCCUGCAGCUCAACAUUGGUCUGCACUGCAACCAGGCCUGUAACCACUGCCACGUGGAGUCUUCACCUCGGAGGAAGGAGAUGAUGGAUCGAGAGACGGCCGAGAAGUGCAUGGCCAUCCUGGAGAGCAGUCCCAGUGUGCACACUCUAGAUCUUACAGGUGGAGCCCCUGAGUUGUGCUCCCAGUUCCGUUACCUGGCGUCCGAGGGUCGUAGGAUGGGUCGUGAGGUCAUUGACCGAUGCAACCUGACGGCCCUGCUUGAACCGGGUCAAGAAGACACUGCUGAGUUUCUCGCCAAGAAUGGGAUCACGGUUAUAGCAUCACUCCCAUGUUACAGUGCCAAGAAUGUCAAUAUCCAGAGGGGCAGUCAAGUGUUCCAGCGCAGCAUGGUGGCGCUACAGACCCUCAACGAUCUAGGAUACGGGCAUCCCGACAGCGGUCUGGAAAUACAUCUAGUCUACAACCCUCUAGGUGCGUUCCUACCACCCCCGCAGGGUCCUUUGGAGCAGAAGUACAAGGAGGAACUAGACGAGGCCUUCGGUAUCAAGUUCAACAAUCUCUACACCAUCACCAACAUCCCCGUCAAAAGGUUUACCGACUUCUUAGUGAGAAGGAACGAGUUGGAAGGCUACAUGGACAUGCUGGUCCGUAACUUUAACCCUGCAGCUGUUGAGGGUCUGAUGUGCAGGAACACCAUCAACGUUGGUUGGGACGGGCGCAUCUUUGACUGUGAUCUCAACCAACAGCUGGACCUCCAGAGCAGGAGACCCCUGAAUGUCCAGACAGAUGCCACAAGUCCUCAUCCUAUUCCUAGCGGGGGAAAAGGGCCCAGCGUUUGGGACAUCUCGACGGCCGCCGACGUCAUCGACCUCGGAAUCGUGACUGACACCCACUGCUUCGGUUGCACGGCUGGUAGUGGGUCGAGCUGCCAAGGGGCCACGGUUUCAUUGUGAUGUCACAAAGAGUUUGGAUUGUGAUGUCACAAAGAGGUUUGAUUGCCAAGGUAGAACAUACAGUAAACUCUGUGUUAGUCAAAUCUUUUGAGACUGCAAAAGUUCACUGCCAAAUUUGACUUAGGAAGUCUAAAUUACACAUUUUGCAUAGUGUGGUCCAAAAUUUUGAUUGAACCUGUGUGACUUCAAGUUAUGCACAUUUAACUGUAGAUAUAUCACUGUAUGACAAGUCCCAUGCUGUUAUGGGUCUCAGGCAAUUAUAUCCCGAUUCUUGCAUAAUGUGUAAUAGUCCACUUCAGAAGAAGAAAACAAAUCUGCGCAGCAGCGAAGAAUUGUUAAUGUCUUUUCUAUUUAUCAACUCAAACGAAAGAAACUUUACCAAAUAUUGUUGUGGCGUAAUGAAGUUGUACUCUGGCUCUAAGCUCUUUCUGAAUGUACUAAUUAUGUGGCAUUAUAAGAAACCUGAAAUGAUUUGUGCUUGAAGUUCAUUACAGUCCCGCUCCAACCAUACCUGUGAUAAAACUUAGUACUGAUGUUUGCCUUGUGCCAACAUGGAUACAUACAUAUUUGACUAGGAAUUGUAUUACAACGGUAGUCACAAUAGGACUUGCUGUCAUCUUCUUAAUACUUAUUGCGUAUAACUUUAAUCAAAUUUGUUUCAGCAAAAAUGCUUUUUAAAAUAAUUAUUCUUAACAUUCAAUGUAAAUUUGUAUAUACCAUGAGAAUAUU